GUGUUUCCCUGUUCUCGCAGCAGAAGAAGAAUCGCGGAAGAGUGGAAAAGAUUUCCUGACGGAUCACCGGGCUAACAAAGAUACCUAUCCGUCUAAUAACGCAGUUUAAUCUAGUUUACAGGUUAGAUAGACCCCCAAACUGAAGUAUCAAGAUGACAGCCGCACCUUACAACUACUCCUACAUCUUUAAAUACAUCAUCAUCGGUGAUAUGGGCGUGGGGAAGUCUUGUCUGCUUCAUCAGUUCACAGAGAAGAAAUUCAUGGCAGACUGUCCUCACACCAUCGGGGUGGAGUUCGGGACGAGGAUCAUGGAGGUCCACAGUCAGAAGGUGAAGCUGCAGAUCUGGGACACGGCCGGUCAGGAGCGCUUCAGGGCCGUCACCAGGUCCUAUUACAGAGGGGCCGCCGGGGCCCUCAUGGUGUACGACAUCACCAGGAGAAGUACUUAUAAUCACCUGAGCAGCUGGUUGACAGACGCCAGGAACCUGACCAACCCAAACACAGUGAUCAUUCUGAUUGGUAACAAAGCCGACCUGGAGGCUCAGAGAGACGUGACGUACGAGGAGGCCAAACAGUUUGCUGAAGAGAACGGUUUGCUGUUCCUUGAAGCCAGCGCUAAGACAGGGGAGAAUGUGGAAGAGGCCUUCCUGGAAGCAGCAAAGAGGAUUUACCAAAACAUCCAAGAUGGCAGUCUGGACUUGAACGCUGCCGAGUCAGGAGUCCAACACAAACCGUCUGCGCCGCAAGGUGGUCGCCUUAAUGCCGACAGUCAGCCGGCAAAGGAAGGCUGCAGCUGUUAACCUCAGACAGAAACUACACACCCCUCAAACGGAAGGACGGAAGGACGGAAGGACAGAAAAGGACAGAUACGUACACAGCGAUCCCCUCUCCACACAGCACUAACAUGUAUCUUCUAUCCAGAGUGUGUCAAAAAGGAUUUAGCUGGAUUACAUUAAACAUAGCAGUGACACGGGCCAACCACCUGUUAAAAAAGUCCAAACUUCAGUUCAACGAGGCUUUACCAUCCUACAUCAAUUUAUUUCAAGUCCAGUUCAUCCUUUUACACUUCAGUUCAAUCAGGACACCCUCAACCAAGUAGAAAAAACUAUCCAGCCUUCUGUGUCACCUUUGGAUCAGUGGUGGCAACCCGCAAGUCAGGAUCUGAGGUUGUCAUGAUACCAGGAUUUUAAACUUUGAUACAAUACUUGUAAAAAAUCUAAUUAUAUCGAUACCUUCUUCAAUACCGGGCCAACAAAAAUGAGACCUAGGCUUUCAAUAUUGGGCAAUUUCUUGUUUUUAACUGCCAAAAAUUGCAGCAAUCUCCUGUUCACUGUCUAAAUUAAAUACGUUUGCAAUGUUUUGGAAGAGGUGUACCAACGUAUUCAUUCAAAUCCGACAGUGUGCAGGAGUUUGCCUGCAAUUGUUGAUGUUGAGAUUCCUCUCCAACCCCACCUGUCUUAUGAAAUAGAUGUAGUUUUAUUAAAGGUACUUUUCAAUACUUUCUAUCUUUAAAAUUACAGAGAUUGGAUUGUUUUAAUGUGGUAUCGAAAAGUAUUAAACAUUUUGACAACCUUAUCAGAAUCAUCCUAGACCUUAACUGGAUCACUCUGAACAAAAUUAAUCCCUCAGCAUACAAUAUAUCCGCUCUAGUCUUGGAUAAUGACGGAUCUUAUUCCAGUUCCUUCAACUAUAUCAAUCUAGACUGCCUUUAGCCAAUUAACAGCACGUUUGGGCAAACCCAGGAAAAAUCUCGACCACUCAGAUCCUACAGUUGGACAGAAAUCAUCCCAGCACCAGAGAACAUCCCGUCCCAGUAUCUUACACACCAGGACUGAUCAAGCAAGGAUUGUCAGAAUUUGGGAAAUGUUUUUCUGGAAUGACUUGACGCUCAUGUCCUAAGAGACAAAAAAACAUCCAAGGCUCAAACUUUGAAGUAACUCAAAGCUUAAAACUGGACGACACUUCCACAAAACUGGUUUCCAGAGUUCUUAAUUUGGACUUUUCCAAGAUGAACCACUCCUGAUUCCAGUUGAGACCAACCUUUGCUAACAUCCAGAAAAGCAUGACCAAAAGGUAGGCUGGGCUAUUCUAUAACCGGAAUGGGACGUCUCUUAUCCAAUCACCAAGCACCCCUGAUCCUGGACUACCUUCUGGACUACCUUCUGGACAAGUGUGGUGCCCCAUUAGCAAGAUUUGGACUACCCUAAGCAACCAUGUCCCAAGAGAUACACAUGAUACAAGGCUUAUAUUCAGCCAGAUGGACACAUCCAGAGCCUUGACUAAAGCUGGACUGCCCUUGGUCUGGAUUAAGACUGCCCUUCAUCCUUCAUCCAAGCUUGCUUUGCCCAAAAACUAGGAUCUUUACAACCCUGAAUAGCACCACCCUUAGCAUAGCACUAGAGAGCCAUUAACUAAGUCUCAUGGGACACCAAUGACCAAGACCAAAUUAGGAUUCAAAAAUGGAUUUUUGACCAACAUGCAGCCCAAAUCAGGUCUACACUUCCCUUAAAUUGGGUUUUCCCAAGUUCCAAUAUUCCUACGGACAUUCCUGUGGUUCAGUUCAGGGCCCUGGCUCAAGAGAGACUGCUCCGCUCCAAAUAGAGGACCAUAUCCAUUCUGAAGUUUAAAUGUAGACCAUAUCUUGCCAUUAUCUGAUUUCCUAUGAGUCCAAAUUGUCCUACAACAGUUCUGACAUCCACCCUUUGAUAUGAACGUUUGGAUUUAUAGCCUUACUUGUGUUUUAACGUUGUUAGAAGUCCCAUCAUUUGUUGUUCAGGUGAAAAAAACCUUUAAAAGUCAUUCUUCAGGACUAUUACAUCUAGCACAAAGUGGCCUAAACAUCGGAACACACCUCUGGGAUUCUCUACAUGGAACAGUUUGCACUUACUCGUUGGUAAUGUGGAUCAGAAGACGCAUUUGUUCUGCGGUUGUUCAUUGGGAACAGAGCCUUUUGAAACUUUUGGUCUUGUGGUCAAAGCCUCUCUGGAGGUGUUUCAGCUGUGUUCACAUCUGGAGCUGAAUUCAUUUGACAUGUUUGACUGCAGUCAGGUCAACCUAAAUGCUAGAUUAAGGGGAGCCCCAUUGAUUUUGAGCAUUUGGAUCAGUUACUUGUGCUUAGUAACACAGCCUCUGAAAAUGCUUGUGUGAGGCCACUUAAAUCGAAGAACAAUCCGGGGCCCGGUUGUUCAAAAGUAAUCCUACAUGAUCAUGGUCAGGUAACCCAAUUGGAGUUUUACUUUGGUAAAACCUCUAGAUUGUGUUGUUAGGAUAACUGGUCCUAGCAGACAGCUGGAAUCAAGGGUUUUAGAGUUUAGACCCCUUUAAAGACAAAAUAUCUCAGCCAUUUUUCUUUGAAUUGUACGAGUCCUUUUGAGUUUUUAAAAUUCACCAACUUCAGGGAGGUGCAAUACUAAAGCCUUGGUGUCCCUCAUGCAAACAAGUUCUCAUUUAGGGUCGUCUGUCCAUGUCUAAAUCAAUGGAGUCCCCCUUCAAUACAAGCUGCAGUGAGGGUUCAUUCAUGUUAAAGAUGGGGAAAUAGCAUAUCAGUCCACAGAAGUUUUACAUGCAAAUCAUUAAAAUACACAUCAAAGGUCUUCACAGGACCAACGUUUUCAUCCCACACUGACUUUUUAAAACCUUCCCAGUCUUAAAAACAUAGUCAUUCAAUUUCAGAAAAGGAACAAUUCCCAAAAAACACAAGACACUAAGACUCUUACCUACUAAAUUUGACUGAAUAGUAUUUGGACCAAGCUUUGCUUCGAUCCUGAGAACGGUCCGAAAACCAAGCGAACCCUUGAAGACCUCGGACAAACACAUUGAUGGACAAGAACCCCAAACUCGCCUCAUAAUCAGACCCGCAGUCCUCUGCAUAUCCACACUUUGCCUUUUUAAAAUCUAAUAUAUUUUAAUUAAAUAACUUUGCGUAUUGAUCGCUUUGUGGAGAGAUAAAGCAGGCGAUCGAUGAAGGUGAUGAUGAAGAACCGAUUACCUGAACCUGAAUGUCACUACUGAUCCCUCAGUGGAUCAAAAGUUCAGGAUGGAUUUGUAAUCAGUUUUCUUGUUUAUGUUUUUUUUUUUCUAACACGUUUCCUCAUAUAAACAUAGUAUGUUUUCAAUGUUGCAGCUCCCUCUAGUGGCCAUUUUCAUCGUCCCUUUUAAGCCAUUUAAAGGAAGGAAAAACGUCACUGUGUGGAAGCAACGCAUUAUUUUAAUUAUUAUUGCCUGUUUAUUGUUUUGUCUAUUCUGUUUUUUUUGUUAGCUUUAGGUCGAGGUAAAACUCGACCUGAAUGUGAUUUAUUUUUAUUAUCGCAAAAUGUUGCGUUGCAGUGAAGACACAUCACGUCUUACUUUGUUGUAGCCCGCGUAAAAACUAAACCAAAUAUUUGUUGUCGUUUGUCAAAAGCUGUGAGAAAAUAAUUAAUGCACAACAUCUGAAAAUCAAAUAAAUAAAUUACUGUACUCGUUA